GUGAAUUGCAAAGAGCGACAAAGAAGAGAUGGAUUCGGUCAUACUUCUAAGGGUUUUUGCAACCUUGCUCUGGUUUUCCACCUGCGUGGAGGCAACCGGCGAUCCCAACACAUGCCCAGAGGUGAAGAUGGUGGGCCUUUCCGGCGAUGAGAGGCUAGCCAUUCUGCAAGGAUGCCCUGGAUUUCCUGGAGCAGCAGGGAUUCCCGGAGCGAAGGGGGAGCCUGGACUACGUGGCCCAAAAGGUGACAUGGGGCUACCUGGGAAGCAAGGACCAAAAGGGGAAAAAGGUGAACCGCAAGACAUUUCAUCCCUCUGCCAAAAUGGGUCAAGGAACUGCAUGGACCACUUGAGCAAAGGGGAGUUCUUCAGUGGCUGGUACACCAUCUAUCUGCCAGACUGCAAGCCUCUGCGGGUCUUCUGUGAUAUGGAUACUGAUGGAGGGGGCUGGCUGGUAUUUCAGAGGCGAUGGGAUGGCUCCGUUGAUUUCUACCGCACCUGGAACGCCUACAAGAGAGGCUUUGGGAACCAGCUGUCGGAAUUUUGGCUGGGCAAUGACCACAUUCACCUUCUCACCCGUGGGGGAGAGUUCCAGCUCCGGGUGGACUUGGUGGACUUUGAGGACCUCAACACCUUUGCUCUUUAUCAGUCCUUCGCGCUCAGCGGAGAAGAUGAGAACUACAAGCUUAUCCUGGGACAAUUCUUGCAUGGCUCAGCAGGUGACUCUUUGUCGGUCCAUAACGGACAUCCGUUUUCCACCUACGACAAGGACAAUGACAGCGGGACACAGAACUGCGCCGUCAGUGUGCAUGGAGCAUGGUGGUACAUAAACUGCUAUAGUUCCAACCUGAAUGGGGGCUACCCAAUUGGGGAUCGGAAGGAGCAGACGUAUGGCAUUGACUGGGAGACUGAUAAGGGAAUCGUCGUCUCGUACAAGCACACGGAGAUGAAGAUACGCCAGAUGCCAUCUGACGGCCCAUGGGGCAAUAAAAAAUAAGUAAACAGAAUAAGCUCUAUGUAUGUUUUCAUAUUACACAAGCUAUUUUGCUUCCAAAAAUUCUUUCAAUUUUUUAAAAAUGAUAUCAGAAAGGAGCUUCAUAAGAGAAAUUUAUUAACCUUGUCUGCUGCAAAUAGAUAAGAAGCAAUAGAUUUUAUCCACACAGAUAUCAAUAAUACUAAUGUUUAUAAUAAUAUCAUCCAAUUCAAAAUACCCCAACAGUUAGAAUACUUAGGCUGUAAUCUAAUACUUGAGAGUAAGUCUCACUGAACUCAGUGGGACUUAUUCAGUAUUUUUCUCCUUGAUUUCCAUUAUUGGGUAUUUUGUUGAAUUAAUCUGGUAUUUUGAACUGGAUGGCUUCUGCUGCUGCUGCUUCUCCUCCUCCUCCUCCUAGAAUCAUAGAAUGGUAGAGUUGGAAGGGGCCUACAAGGCCAUCGAGUUCAACCCCCUGCUCAAUGCAGGAAUCCACCCUAAAGCAUCCCUGACAGAUGGUUGUCCAGCUGCCUCUUGAAGGCCUCUAGUGUGGGAGAGCCCACAACCUCCCUAAGUAACUGAUUCCAUUGUCGUACUACUCUAACAGUUUGGAAGUUUUUCCUCAUGUCCAGCCAGAUUCUGGCUUCCUGUAUCUUGAGCCCAUUAUUCUGUGUCCUGCACUCUGGGAGGAUCGAGAAGAGAUCCUGGCCCUCCUCUGUGUGACAACCUUUUAAGUAUUUGAAGAGAUCUAUCAUGUCUCCCCUCCAUCUUCUCUUCUCCAGGCUAAACAUGCCGAGUUCUUUCAGUCUCUCCUCAUAGGGCUUUGUUUCCAGACCCCUGAUCAUCCUGGUUGCCCUCCUCUGAACCCCCUCCAGCUUGUCUGCAUCCUCCUUGAAGUGUGAUGCCCAGAACUGGACACAAUACUCAAGAUGAGGCCUAACCAGGGCUGAAUAGAGAGGAACCACAUUCUCUUCCUCCUCCUCCUCCUCCUCCUCAUCUGAAAUCUACUGCACUACUGAUGGUUGACUACCCAAUGAAUGGAUAUGAGUGCCUUUAUACUGUCAAGUGUGGAAGUCCAUCUCUAUUCUAAUUCUGUCUGCUGUGGACG